GUUGCCUAACUCGAAGAACUUAUUGAAUUCACCGUGGCCCACUGAUGUAUGAGGAUGAAAUUAUCGAGGGUAUGGACCCGGAAGGCUUCUCUGGGCCGUCCAAGGUAGUGAAGCCUCUGACCCCGGAGGCUCUGGUUGCUUUCAACGCAGCACAGCAGCGCACCGGUGUGGUGUACAUAUCGCGUAUCCCUCCUGGAAUGCAACCGGCAAAAGUACGACAUUUAAUGAGUGCAUAUGACGAAGUAGGGAGAGUAUACUUGCAACAAGAAGAUGCUAAGCGUGCCUACUUAAGGAAAAAGUACACGACCACGAAAAAGGCUCACUAUACGGAGGGGUGGGUGGAGUUUAAAGAGAAGAAGAUUGCACGAUCGGUUGCAGAGAUGCUGAAUGCGCAACCCAUCGGCGGAAAGAAGGGUACGCGAUGGAGAGACGACGUAUGGACGAUGAAGUACUUGCCCAAAUUCAAAUGGAAUAUGCUCACAGAGCAAAUAGCACACGAAGCAGCGUUACAUUCUGCCAAGCUGCGCGUUGAGCUCUCGCAGUCGAAGACAGAGCAACGCGACUACCUGAAAAACGUGGAAUUGGCUCGUGUUCUAGAGAAGAGAGCUUCGAGAAGAAAAGAAAAGGGGGAAGAUGCUGCGGAAGCGCCCAAGAACGAAUCUAAGAGAAGAUUCGAGGAAACGACGGAGCACGAAGUGCGGAAAAAGAUGAGGAAGGAGCGGCCAGAAGUUGGUGACGGUGGACAGCUAGACAAUGUACUGAGCAGUAUAUUCUAGCUUCUAAUACUAGAUAUUGAGUAGAUGUGUGGCGGCAAUGCACGGACCAGGCGGUGGUGCCGGGCUGGCCUGGGAUGGAAAUUGAGUCGGAGCGCGAAAGAGGAAGGAGGGAGAGCGGCAGUGCGGAAAAGUGGUUCUAUAUCGCGAACAUAUUGAGCGUGAAACGCUGAACCGGUUGGCUUUUUGAC